GUUCCAGUGAGAAGCGUGGAAAAUGCCGGGGGAUGGCGAAUCAUCGAGGUAUCACCUCCGUGGGCCUGUCAAGCCACCCUCGCGUUACGUUGAUUCUGGUGAUGAAGGUCAAGAAGUUACACGUUUGUCAACUUCGAAGUCGAAGAGUAAACGUCUUUCACCGUUAAAACGCGGUGGAAAAGUAUUGAAGGCAGAGAGUGAUACUGAUAGUAAUGUUUCAAAUGGCACUAACAAUCCAGUGCUCACAAAGUUAUCCGAAAGUCCCAAGAAAACAAUUAGUAAUGGCGCACAAAAGGAGAUCGCACGGGAAAAUGCAGCACUGCGCACUGCACGUCCGCAACCGUCCGAAAUAUCGCCAACAAUGAGGGAGAAUUUACGGCAUUUGAAAAAUGUUCUGAAGUUACCUAAGGCUCGUAGAUGGGUUUACUGUGAAUUUUUUUAUUCCGGCGUUGACCAACAACUUUUCUCAGGGGAUAAUGAAUUUGUGCAGUUGCUUCAUGAAAUGUUUCCGAAUUUGCGUACUCUCAAACUUUGCCGACCAGAAUGGAGAGCUAUAAGAAAAAUGAUAGGAAAGCCGAGAAGAUGUUCGGAAGCCUUCCUAAAUGAGGAGCGUGAAUCACUGGAGACGAAAAGAGCUAGAAUCCGUCAAAUUUAUGAUGGAAGCUUGAUGAAUAUCCCCCCUGGAUGCGAACUUCCAUUACGCUUGCCUCCUCCUUUAAUAAUCGGAGCAAAAAUCUAUGCACGCGUGCGAACUCCCAAAGAUGGUAUCUAUGCCGGCACAAUUGAUGCCAUACUGCCGGCUUCAUAUCGAGUGGUUUUUGAUAAGGAAGAAAUGAUACCACCAAUGAUUAUCAAGGAUUCGGAGGUUAUGUCUGCCCAAACGAUUGAGCUACUCUCAAUUAAUUACUUUCUGGAACAGAAUCGUUCCGCUAUCCCACCUUCACUGAUCAGAUUUGGUCACGCUGGUGUCCUUCCAAAGUUCGCUGAUGUAUCGUCCUCCAGUCGUUCUCCCACAGGACUAGAUUCUAUCCGAAAACCAACCAGAAUCCGAGAUGAAAAAGUCGGAAAUUUCCCUGUGCGAAUGCUCGUCAUUCUCGUGAAAUUGAACAAACUAAUUGAAGUGAAGCGAACUUUGGUUAAAUCAUUAACUGAACUAAAUAUGGAGGCUGAGAAAAUGAAUAUGAUAACGGAUUCUUAUCCAAUCGCCUUCCAGAGGAGAUACGCUCAAGUUGUCAUUGACAUUGAGACAGUAAACAGACAGCUACAGUCGUACCUAAACGCCGUAAAUGAAUAUUGCAAUCAGUUAUUGCCACAACUGAGUGAAUUUUCAUUAACUUCACGACCAGAAGCUCUACGAAAAAUGUGUCAGACUCAUUCAGUACAAAUCGUCAAACACUGCAAUAACGGGUUGAAUGUGCAAAAUAAACAUGCAUUAGAUUUGGUUACUUCAUUGACGGCAUUGCUAUUACAGAUCCGAGCACUGGGACAACAAAGUUGUACACCACUCGACUUGCAUACCUUAUCGGAAUCGUUGAACGAAAUUCGGAAACAAAUUGACCCAUCGAAUGUAGCUGCCUUCCAGGAUUUCGUGGAAGUACACAUGAAACAAAUCCACAAUAUGAUGUUAAAUAUUGGGAAUGUGUGCUAAUUUUCUUUUUUUUUGAUGAGUGGUGCUAAAAUUUUAUCUGAUUUCAUUUCGGCCUUGUAUUUUCACAUUUUGAAGUGAAAUGAAAUCAACAUCCCUUAAUAGUCGUAUUCCGCGG